UAAUUUAACCGACAACCCGAAACAGUGCACUGCAUCUGGACUCAUCGGCGUUGCUGUGCUCCCAAUCCUAUUUACGCAGAGAGAGCCACUGAAACAAAACAACGAUCUAAUUCAAGUUUAAAUUUUCAGUUCUGUUCUGCUUCUAAUGGCGAGUUUCAGAAACGCUGCGAUCAACGUCUUCAGAGCGAUCAAUACUAGCAAAGCCACCAUCGCUGCUUCCACAAACUCUCUUCACACUCUCAGGCCCCUUUUUUGUUAUUCUAGGUUUACCCCUUUCUCUUCCCACACUGAAGCUGAAUCCCUGCAAAUCGAUUUAUCUAACGAAGAAAGCAAAAGAUGCUUGUUUAACCGGCUAUUGUAUAGAAGCAAACAACGAGGGUUCCUGGAACUCGAUUUGGUCCUCGGGAAAUGGGUUGAGGAAAACAUUCACUCCUUGGAUGAAAAUCGGAUUAAGGCUCUCAUUCAUGUUCUCGAUCUGGAGAAUCCAGACUUAUGGAAGUGGAUAUCAGGACAGGAGCAACCCCCAGAAUCAGUCAGCGCAAACCUGGUCUUUGCUGCAGUGCGGGAAAGAGUUAAGAAAAACCUUGAUAUCCAUUCUGCUCCUGAAGUAAGAGCAACGCCUGGCCAACCAUGGGUAAGAGGCUGGGAUGAUAUCAAGAAAGGACAAGAUGGUCCUGUUUCUGGAAAUCAGUAGCUUGACAUUCAAUGAUCAUACCAUCUAUUACAAUGAAUGAAAUUCGGUCCACCAUUUUUUACUUUGUAACUAUAAAUAACUAAAUAAGGGCUGGGUAACUGCAACUUAAAAGGUUUGUAUUAGCUGCUAGAAAUCAGUAAAGGGGUUUAAACUGGAUGAUUGUGACUUUCUUGAAAUCUUUACUCUUCAUCUGUUUUAUAUCCAGUAAGUUUAUUGUUUAGUGAUGUCA